AGCAUUUUUAUGAACAAACAUUGUUUUUUUGUUAAUAGCCCUUAUGCCUCCCUGAAAGGAUUGUGUUUGGAAAAAGAAAGAAGUUACUUGGGAGAGAGAGAACAUGAAAAAAAGGGAUUGUCACUCGCCGAAUAAAUACAACAAUCAUCACUAAUCAAACCACUCACCGUCACCGGUAUAAAAGGCGAAGUGCUAUUGAUCACAGUGGGAUAUUUCGCAUGGACUGCGCAUCAGCAACGUCGUAUGGCGUUAUAUGUUUAUAUUACUUACUAAGCGGAGUCGAAUAUGCCGUCAUUUUACCCACCUUGAAUUUAUAUCUCAAGGAUUUAAAUGCAAACCAAUCUUUUCUUGGUUUCGUGAUGGCCUCAUUUAGUCUCACUGGUCUUAUAUCUGCACCUAUAUACGGAAGGUUUACUGAUAGGACAGGAUCCACCAAAGCUGCUGUGUUGUUCAGUAAUCUAUUUGAAAUUGGAGGUAACUUUUUGUACUUUGUUGCAAAGUCUCCUUACAUGGUAUUGGGUAGCCGACUCAUUGCUGGUAUUGGAUCUGGAUCAGGCUCAUCAAUACUUGGUAUGAUAUCAAGAAACACAACAAAAGAACGCAGAACAGCUGUCUUUUCCCAAUUGAUGUCACUAAGACAACUUGGUCUUCUCAUUGGACCUGCAUUUAAUGUGUUUCUCAGAAAAUUUAAUUUUUAUAUCGGACCAUUUCAUGUGAACCAAUAUACUUCACCAGGGUUAUUCAUGGUUGUGCUUUGGGUUAUUCAUGAGAUUUUGGUGAUAUUUUUUUAUCGGGAAUUGAACUUCAGUAAACCAGAGAGUGAGUGUCAAACAACAACUGAUGAUGAAGCAUCCUUGGUAAAAGAUGUUGUUGUUAAUGCCAGGAGCAAUUCCUUUACCUCCUAUCAAUCUUGGAGGUUUGUGUGGAGAGAUUUAUUGAAAGAAGAAGUUGUUGUUUGUUUGGCAAUCACAUUCACUGUCAUGUUCACACAAACUGGCAUUGAAACCUUGCUAACUCCUCUCACUUUAAAGCUUUUCAACUGGGGAGAGCUACCGAACAGUAUUUUCUUUUGUAUAGCAGGGUUUAUUAUAAUUGUAAGUUUCUUGGUUCUUGGAAAAAUAAGUCAAUGGAUAGAAGAUAGACAAAUGUUGCUUGGCGGCUUUAUUGUUAUGGUGGUGAUGGAUUCAUUAUUUCUUAUUUAUAUCAUUUUUGCUGACAAUGCAGAAAAAGGAUCAACAUGGGUGUUGGCAUUGUUUUGCGUAUAUUGUGUUAUUGUGAUUGCUGCACUACCAUUUGUGUGGGUCCCACAAGCUGCAUUGUAUUCUAAAGUAACAAGUGACAAAACUCAAGCAUUAAACCAAGGCAUCCGACUCUUAGUGAUGGGACUAGGGCAAAUUCUUGGCCCACUAUGGGCAGCUGCUUGGUUUCAAAACCUUCCUGUGUUAGCAGCAGUGAACGCUGCUCUUGUCGCUUUGAUAUUAAUUAUGAUCAUUGCGUCAUACAAAAUGUUGAAAGUACCAGAGUUAAAUGAUUUGGUUGAAGAUUCAAUUGAACCAAAUGAAAGAACAUCAUUAUUACGCAAUACUUCCAUCAAUGCCCAUGCUUGAUGUAGACUAACUGAUUCAUUAUUUAACUACUCAUUUUAUGAUACAAGUCAAUCAAUUAUUGCACUGUGCUAAAUUUACAAAAUUGUUCUAAUAUGUUAUUUUGGCAGUGUAUGCAAUAAGUGUGAUGUUUAACUACCUUGCUAAUCACUUUUUAUUAUUAUUAUACAUACAUUUAUCUGUACCACUGAUGUUUUAAUGUGUUCAGUUGUUUACUUAAAAUUUUAAUAUUAAAAUCUGCAGUAUAAUAAUUUCGUAGAUAUGCAACCUCAUUGCUUUAUAUAGUGUCCGGAUCUCUCCCACUUUAUUGUUAAAUCUAGGCUUGUUUUAUCUUUGUUUUAAUAUUGCAUAGGUACUUUGUUUUUGUGCAAUAAUUUUACAGUUCACACAUUUUAUAUCUUACACUAUUAAAGUUUUAAAAUAGAUUCCCAGCACCGCAUUAAUUUUAAAAUACAUUUUGUUAAAAACUGG